AUGGGGUCCUUACUGCAGACGACUCAGUCAUGGUCGAGCACCAAAGCCACCAGGAAAUACAUGCUGUUUGGCCUCUUGUUGGUGGUCGCGUUCACCCUGCAUCUCACCGUCUCGCAUGUUAAACGUGGCUCUGAAGACUUUAAACUAUCGAUGCCCUCGAUGCCCUCGCCCCCGAAGCUGGGUCGAUUUUCUACUCAGAGAGACAACCUGGGCGAUAUUUACAACCGCACGCUUGGAUUCCAGAAAGUCUUCGUUAUGAAUCUGCCCGAACGGUCCGACAAGGCGGACACCAUGCUUCUUCAAGCCGAACUCACCAAUUUUACGUUGGAAUUCGUUGACGGCGUUUUGGGAGCGACAGUCAGUCCGAAGGCUCUGCCCUUGACCUUCGAGCACGACGCGGGCACCAUCGGAUGUUGGAGAGCUCACAUGAAUAUCUGGAGAAAGAUGGUUGAGGAGAACAUCGAAACGGCGCUGGUCCUCGAGGACGACGCGGACUGGGACGUUUCCAUCCAAGCCCAAUUCGUCGAACUCGCCCGAGGUUCUCGAUUCCUGCUCGACACCGGGUCUGCAACUCCCGAAUCCCCUUACGGCGACGGCUGGAGUCUCUUGUGGGUAGGACAUUGUUCCUCCGAAGCCAACAAGACCGACCCAAGACGAUGGGUCAUUCCACACGACCCUACCGUGCCACCACGAGGUUCUCGCUGGCACUUUGCAGGACACAACAUGUCUCGCUGGGCUGACGGACCCAACCCUGAUCCCCAAACCCGCGUCGUCUACGUGCAGGAGUUUGCCUUCUGCACUUCCGGCUACGCGGUCACUCGUCGCGCCGCCCAGAUGAUGCUCUACAAGCUCGGCAUGGUCCCGUUCAGCGCCUCCGUCGAUGGAGGGAUGGGCAACCUUUGCAAAGACACCAGUCUAAAGGACUUCAGAUGUAUCGCUCCCUUCCCGCGUCUCAUUGGAAAGUCGACGCCACCAGGACCUGUCGACCGAGCCAGCGACAUUCAGACCCAAAACUCGAACUCGACCACUAUCCGCUGGAAGCCCGAGUCUGAGAAUGUCAUGUUCUCCGUCCGGCAGAACCUCCUUGCCCUGCUAAACGGGGAGACGACGUUCAAGAGCUACUUCCCCAACCCCUCAGGAGAUGAAUUAACCAUGGAGCAAAUCACCGCUUUCAGAGGUCAUCCUGAAUACAUGGACCAACCACCACCGCUUCUACAAGGCUGA